AUGUCGCCCAGACCCUCAUAUCAAACAUACGCUGCCUUUUGCGAAGAGUUUGACGAGGACGCCAACGUUGUCUUACCGGGGACCCGCAAGGUUGCCAACGUAUCAGUGAAGCGAUCCCGCCCUGAGCUCGCUCCCUCCGGCCCUAGCGUCGACGGUGCCAGCGAUUCUGGCUACUCGAGCAGAACCGCCAUAACUGUGGACAGCGGUGACUCCUUCGCUAGUGGCACUGUGAGCCCUACUUUCCCCCCAUUGGCUACUUCAGCUCCGACUCGUGAUAUCGCUCGCUUCCGAGAUCGAGUCGAGGGGAAAGAAAAAGAUCGUUCUGGAAACAAAACCAGAGAGAAGAAGGAAGGGAAAGAAAACAACAAACCGCCCCCGCCACCGCUCCCACCCAUCAAAACCAUGCCUGUCGCUUCCCCUCGAAGCUCAAGCAGACCCCCUUCUCUGCAAAAGGGGCCGUCGAAGCCUGGCAAACGGGACUCAGGCGGUGCCAGACAUCAUCCAGCUGGGAACGUCGACCUACGAACCAUGGAGUCAGCCAACUAUUUUCAACCUCACCCCCCUCAUGGGUACGAGGUUCCCCCGUCGCCUCAGACUUCACGAUAUCCACCUUCUAUCAACCAAGAAAUGCAUCCUGGUACUCCUAUCAUACCGCAACCUCGCCCUCAUCGUUCGAACUCUUAUCACACCCAGAACAGACCGGUUAGCUUCCACUCUGGAACGGUGCCGGAUAUGAACAUGAUGUAUAUGUCCAUGGGCCAUCCGUCUGCCUACGGCCAUGGACCCCCUCUUUCGGCGUCCGCAUAUUCAAACAGUUUCUACCCUUCCUCUCCAUAUAUGGGCGGUGAGGUCACGGUUCACCAGUCUCCCACCCCAUCCUAUGAGGUCGCCCCACGGUCAUCCUACGAACGUCCCAGGGAGCGCCCACGCAACAAAUCAGCAUCGAGACCUCCUACUGAGAAGCCAUCGGGCAGAAGGCCGUCGGUUUAUAAACGGCCUGUUGUGGAAUAUCAUAAUUCUCCUUCAACCCAAUUUGAACCGGAAGAAUACGAACCAAGACCACCUCCGGAACGCCGUGCUCGCCGGCAAUCUCGCUCCUAUGACCCAGACGAAGACUAUUACCGCAUGGCACCGCCCCCAGAUCCUCCGGUGAAAUACAAACAGCCAACUCAAGUCAUUCCAGUUAACAAACGCCCUCCAACUCGAAAAGCAAGCACUACUUCCUCCACUCCAACCAUCCAUCGGACUGAACCGUAUGAUAUGUCGGACAUGCGUGCUGCACUCCCACCUCGAAUGGGACGUAAACAGUCGCGUGAUCCGGUCGUCGAAUCUGAACGUCGACCCAGCAUCCCCGCUCCAGCAAGGGAGAGGCCUCCUCGAGCGUCAUCGUAUUACGAUAACGGCCCAAGAAGAAUCGUUGUGGAAAAUUCGCGUCGCCGUCGCUCGUCGAUCUAUGCAAAUGAACAGGCACGCGAAAUGGAAAAAAAACAGCGUGAUGCCGAAGACUACCAGGCACGAGCGGGAAGGACGGCACCGUUGACGGCGGAGGCUCUUCGCAAAGUAAGAGCUAGCCACCAGAGGGUCGAAAGUGACAGUGAAAGUGACGAGACUUCGUCCGAAAGCAGCCAUGAAAGUGACACUCACACUAAGACCGGAAGUGGGGUUGGCAGCGGAGUAGGGAGCGGCGUUGGCUCUCGAGCUGAUGAUGAUAGCAUUACCAUGAUUUUUCGUGGCGUCAAAAUUGAUCUUUCUGGUGAUACUAUGGACAAGCGGAUUAAUCUUCGAUCAGGUGACGAAGGAGGCCUGGAGGUGAACAUUGAAGGGAGAAGAGGGCCACGGCGAUAUAUAAUGUCACGAUCUGAUACCACCAGCUUGGCCGGCAGCAGAAGAGAGAUUGAAGAUGUUCGACGCAUUCGAGACGAUAUGAGAUCUGAACGAGAGAGUCGACACUCGAGCCGAUCAGGUUACAGUGGUCGUGGCCUGCUUGAGUAAACCCCACUACCCUUGAGCCCAACUUCGAUUCAACAUGGGUUAUCAGAAGGUUCAACAUAGUCCUUUCGGAGCAUUUUUUUAACAACCUAUCCCCCCUUUUCUUUUGGGAGCGAAUGAAAAUAGCAUCACUCAGCGUGGCAAAGCUUGCCACAGAGGAAAUCGCUCUGAAAACAUCAAACAACAAAAUAAAUAAAUAAAAAAACGGAGUCAAGCAUUCAGGGACAACCUUCGACCAAAAAACUCGGGAAUGGUUAUACAAAAAGGCAAAAAAGCGUAUGGGAGGCUAUGUGUGUUUUUAAUCCGACAUUAAAAGUUGAAAAAUUUUGGUAUCCAUCGCGUUUCCCCCUUUUCUUCAUUUUUCCAGCAAUAUCACCCUCCAUUUUCUUUUCUUUUCUUUUUUUUUAUCUUUCAUAUCCAUGCAUGUAUCGAGCCCAAUCUGGUGUGUGUUUCCAUCUGCGUAUUAUUUCUGUUUUGGCAUACUUCAUUUGCAUUACCCCAUUGCUAGCACUCUAACACAUGUAUCUGCUUUUGAUGUUGAUUUGAUGUGGAAUGCUAUGAUCUGUACGAUUGUUUAUGACGUGAUGGAUUCACAUUGUUGAUGCUGCAUGUUGCAUUUUUUUUGGACUUUUUCUUUUGGAUCUUUUUGUUCUUGGUUUGAAUGUAUUUACAUUUUGUUCGAAUUUGCCCAUACCUACACAUCCCCUCUGUUAUGCCCAAUGCGAUAUGACUACUAGUUAUGCCUCUUUUCCAUUUGAAGUUCUGUCACUUCCGUUUUGUUUGCUGAACUUGUGCCUUCGCGAUCGAUACAUUGAUAGCUUUACUUGCUGCCUAGCUUUAUUCUACUUCUGCGAACGCGUCUU